CCUAGUGCAACGUUUAUGUUACCCACAUAAAAUUAUAUACCAAUAUCCCGAUGGCAAAGGUUUCCAGGCUCAUGACAUUUACAUUCCUCAUCAGGUGCUGUAUCGCCUGGUCAUGGUCGCGUCAAUCUCCGGAUCCCUCUGCUAAGCAUGAUACUCAAGGUUUUUCAUCUCAGAUGCACGCUGAGCUAUCCCAUGAAGAGAUUGACCUGAUUUCCAAACACACUGGCAUCGGUGCAUUCGAUGGAUAUAUGCGUAAAAAUGAUUGCUUUCAAGACGCCGCAAGGCAUGCACAAAGUCGUUGCGAGGUAUCUCACAUGAGCGAGGAUGAGCGCAUACAAGUCGCUAUCAGGCUCACCCUCUGCGAACUUGCUACAGCCCGCCACCAUACACCACCUCUCGAGUGUUCUCCAUUUAAUAACAAUGUCGGAUCACACAUUCCACAUCAUGCAGUAGGUGAUUGUGUCGAUGCACUCUCUCGGAGCGCUCAAUUUUGGUCUAGCUACUCUGGGUAUCUGCGAGAAAUCCCCCAGCUGUGCUUCGCGUUUCGUCGAUGGAUGGAAAUCGACACUGCAAAGGAUAUCUAUAGAAACAUAACGAUGGAGAAACUUGCUCUGAUUCGAUUUUUUCUCGAACAGCAAAGGGAAUUCACAGCUGCACACCAGAAUUGGGAGCGAUCAUCUACAGACCUGCGCGAUCUUAUCAGCAUGUUGAAAUCGACUAGCGGUAAUAUACGCGACGUCGCAGAUGUGACAUCUACUUCCAUAAUUCAAAAUGCGCAAUCACUGUUCACAAAGAUGGAAACUACCCUGUCACUUAUCAACCAGCGCAGUUUCGAUGAUCAUAUUCAUUCAUUGGACAAGGUUGAUCAGAGGAUUGAUGACCUGACAUUAAGCCAUUCAAAAUCCUUGUCGUCGCUACUAUCACUCGUCGAAUCGCGUUUAACCGCUGAAAUUGAAGCAAUCGCAUCAUUGAUAUCAGAGCAGAGCCUUGAAUCUCGGGCAGUCGCGGAUCAAGUUCAGCAAAAAUGGUCCGCGCUUGACGCGACUUUCUUUGCUAUGCAAAACUCCUUUUACGACCUGCAGAGUAUGAUCACAGGGCUUGCAUUCUCUUUGGAGACCUCCCUUUCCCAAGCAAUGCAUAUACAAGAGAUCCAGCGAGAGGUUGCAGAGUCUGUUUCACUUCUUGACAACAGGAUUUCCCAGCUCACGGAAGUGACUCACCGUGAACUUGAAACAAUCAAUCAGACGGCCCUUGCCCUCAUUGACACCUUUCAGCGCAAGUCAAAACACGAAGCUUGGCUAAUUAACCUGCAGUGGCUUCUACGUUUUGUCGAACCCACGUCGUUGCUCGGCCUCAAGACUUUUCAAGCUGUAACCAGUCUCUUGGUAUUCCUCUGGCGUCUUCUGGAAGUGGCACUGUCACUUCUCAUGACUAGUGUCGCAGUUUCCAGCAUCAGAAGUCAACUGUCACUCAAGUUCUGUGGUUCAAAACAGGUGCAACCGCAAGAAAGUUCAUGGCGUCUCGACUCUCACCUGGAGACAAAUGUGUCACCUUUCUCGAAUGUUAGGCGUCUGCAACGGAAUGACUGUCUGGACCCACGGAUCAUUCGGCGACUUACUGGACCUCGCAUAUCUCGCAUACCCGAUAGGAUCUGUCGUCGACCCGACCCUUAUUAAACAUUGUUACAAUUCUCUCUUACCACUUUAUGUUUCUGUAUUCUCUUUGCGUUAAUUCAGAAAGCACAA